GAUCGGAAAGGAAAGCAGUUGCUACCGGUAGAUUGGGACUCGUACUGCAAGUGGUACUCGUAACUCGUACUGUGCUUACGGUAUCGUACGCAUGGUCCAAGACAACCUCAUCGGUGCAAAAAUCCAGGAAGCCAUUGCAGCACAACCCAACCGUGUACAUUCAUCAUUCCUUUGGAAACCAAAACCACAAAAACGACAAUGUUGGCUUCUACCGUAUCACGACUCCACAGCGCGGCUCUCCGAAGGUGUUCCCGCUUUGGCACGAAUUCGUUCCGGUAAGAAAUUUCGCGGCACGGCACGGUGUGUGUGUGUGUGUGUGUGUGUGUGUGUGUGUGUGUGGAUUUGCCGGUUUGGUUUGGUUUGGUUCCCUUCUCACGCCUCGCUUCGUUCCGUUUCGUUUCGUUCCGUUCCGUUCCGUUCCCUAUCGUCGCGUCGUUUCGCGCCUGUCCCGCAGGGGGUUUUCCCGAUCCUGUGCGGCCCGGUCCGACGACCUCCCCUACCACAUCGUGGUGGGCAUGCCGGCCCUCAGCCCGACCAUGGAGACGGGAAUCCUGUCCGAGUGGUACGUAGAGGAGGGCGCCGGCUUUUCCGCCGGGGAGUCCCUGGCCAAGAUCGAGACCGACAAGGCGUCGAUCGAUUUCGAGGCGCAGGACGACGGGUACAUCGGUGAGUUCGUUCGCUCGUUCGUUCGUUUGGUGUUUUGGUUUGGUUUGGUUUGGUUUGGUUUGGUUUGAUUCGGUGGUUUCUCGGGUGGAGCGUCCGUGGUCCGCGGCGUGGUGUGGUGUUGUGUUGUGUUGUGUUGUGCUUGGAAUGCAUGCCUGUACAGCAGGACGGAACACGGCGAGAAUGGAUUGGCCAGCCAACCAAACAAUGUGCACAGUACAAACCGACUCACAAGCAAUGAAACGAACCGUACCUAACUAACUCAAACCACGCGCUUUCGAUGCUCGGGGGAUCCCGCGAUGAAUGAACGCAACAACCAUUUGGCGUGCGGUGUUCUACUGGUUGUGUGGUAUUGGCUGCGCUGCGCUGCGCUGUGCUGUGCUGUGCGUUGCUUUGCUCUCUGUGCUUUGCGCGUGACCCAGCCAAGAUCCUCAUGCAGGCGGGCAGCGGGGACGACAUCGAGGUCGGCGUCCCGAUCAUGGUCACGGUCGAGGAGGAAGAGGACGUUGCCGCCUUUGCCGAUUUCGUCCUGGAGGAAGCCCCGGCCGAAGCGGCGCCCGAGCCCGCUUCCGCACCCGAAGUUGCACCGGCACCCGAGCCGGUCGCGGUGGCGGCUCCGCCACCGGCGGCCCCCGCACCGGUGGUGGUGGAAGAACCAGCAGCAGCAGCAGCAGCAGCCCCCGGCCCGACGGAGGAAAUGGCCGCCGCCGUGGCCCCCGUCCUGUCCACGGGGUGGGGGAGCUUUGCGGCCGUCAACUCCCCGAUCGCAAAGACACUGGCGAAGCAGCAGAGCGAGUACGUCGCCCUGUACGGAACGACCGGGCAGGUGCCGCUCUGAGGGGAGCGAAGCGAAGGAAGGGAACCAC